CUCUUAGCUUAUGGACAGACCUUUUGUGUUCACUAUUCAAUAAAAACACUAUUGAAUCAGCAAAAUUUUCAUUUUGUGGCAACUUAUUAAAGUGCCAUAGUCACGUUUGCUGCUGUGGAGGUUUCAAGUUGACGUACGUUUCUAAGGAGGAAACAAAUUUUUCCGUUCGGUGUACUUUGCAUGAUUUGCAGAUGUUCAAUUAAGAAAUAAAAGAUGUUUAUUGUGGAAAUGUUAAAACCGAGGAGACCUUUGGGAGUACUCGAAAGCAGAUCAGGUGCAAAUUUGUCAGUUGUCAUUCGGGGAAGAAAAGAAUACGAAUUUGAUUUAUUUCUUACACUAUUAUAUUAAAGUGAAAGAAUAAGCAGUGUUUCGAGGCGAACACCCUGAAAACUAAGAUGGAAACCAUUUUGACAAAGCAACCUGCAGUGUUUGACUGCGACUCUACGUCUGCUAUGAUAAGGAGCUUCACAAAUUCUAAAAGCAAUUACAUUGGAACAGAUCCCAUAGCAGAACUAAGGAAUGUUGAUGAAUCAAUUAGGUGCAAGAACUUGUAAAGGAGAUAUUUGGUCGCUCGCCAAGUAAGGCUGUGAAUCCGGACGAAGCUGUUGCUUUAGGAGCGGCCAUUCAAGGUGGAGUUCUUGCUGGUGAUGUGAAAGAUGUUCUUCUGUUGGAUGUUACACCUUUAUCCCUUGGCAUUGAGACGCUUGGGGGUGUCUUUACCAAGCUCGUAGAUAGAAACACGAAUAUUCCUACGAAAAAGAGCCAGGCUCAGUAUUUUACCAUUAAAUUCAGCAAGAUUCCUUUGCAAUUUACACCACUGUAACAUAGCAAAUUUCACUUGUACGCUACAUACGUAUGAUGUGAUUGAAAUCAUCACAGUGUAUCUAUGAAGCUCAAUUGCCAUUGACUUGAUCCAGUUUAAGCAUUGUACUUUUUGUACAUUUGCAGGUGUUCUCCACCGCAGCUGAUCGUCAGACGCAGGUGGAAAUUAUGGCUGCAGAUAAUAAAACUUUGGGACAGUUUUCUUUGGUUGGCAUCCCACCUGCACCACGUAGUAUACCACAAAUUGACGUCACGUUCGACAUUGAUGCUAAUGGCAUUGUCAACGUGUCCGCUCGUGAUAAGGGAACUGGAAAGAACAACAGAAAAAACCAAAAUUGCCGAAGUCUACUGUGGUUAUUUGUACAGCGUGAAAUCAUGUCUUUUGCAAUGGGUUUAUCGAGAUUUUCAGCAAAGAACGCUCUCAGUACUUUGCGGUGUGCAAAUAUCACACGUUCGUUUUCGAGGAUUAAUAGAAGUACAUUGAGUCAAACAAUCUCCACUCAUAAUGCACCAUUCAGAUCGUAUGCUUCUGAUGUACGUGGAGCAGUUUGUGGCAUUGAUCUUGGUACAACAAACUCAUGUGUUGCUGUUAUGGAAGGCAAAACACCUAAGGUGAUUGAAAAUGCUGAGGGAGCAAGGACAACUCCAUCAGUUGUAGCAUUUUCAUCAGAUGGAAAGGUGCUUGUUGGAGAGCCUGCAAAACGACAGGCAGUGACCAAUCCCCAAAAUACCCUUUAUGCGACAAAAAGAUACAUAGGAAGACGCUUUAAUGAUUCUGAAGUUCAAAAAGAUCUUAAAAACCUUUCAUUUAAAAUUGUAAAGGCAUCAAAUGGCGAUGCUUGGUUUGAUGUUCAAGGGAAAAUGUACUCACCAAGUCAAAUUGGUGCAUUUGUUUUGAUGAAAAUGAAAGAAACUGCUGAAAGUUACUUGAACACAAGUGUACAAAAUGCAGUUGUCACUGUACCUGCGUAUUUUAACGAUUCUCAAAGACAGGCAACAAAAGAUGCCUGCCAGAUUGCAGGUUUGAAUGUCCUUCGUGUCAUCAAUGAGCCUACAGCUGCAGCACUUGCUUAUGGAAUGGAUAGAGCAGAAGAUAAAAUCUUAGCUGUUUAUGAUCUUGGUGAUGGUACAUUUGAUGUGUCCAUCUUGGAAAUCCAAAAGGGUGUAUUUGAAGUGAAAGCAACAAAUGGUGAUACUUAUUUGGGUGGUGAGGAUUUUGAUAAUGCUCUUCUUCAGUAUCUUGUAAAGGAAUUCAAAAGAGAGUCGGGAAUUGAUCUUACGAAGGAUAACAUGGCAAUUCAAAGAUUAAGAGAAGCUGCUGAAAAAGCAAAGAUUGAGUUAUCGUCGUCCAUACAAACGGAUAUCAAUCUACCUUACAUUACUAUUGGAGCGUCAGGACCCCAGCACAUGAACAUGAAAUUAACAAGAGCGAAAUUCGAGUCACUUGUUGCUGAUUUGAUUCAAAGAACUGUUGAACCUUGUAAAAAAUGUAUGAAGGACGCUGACUGUACAAUGUCUGAUAUUGGAGAAGUGUUGUUGGUUGGUGGUAUGACAAGGAUGCCUAAGGUGCAAGAACUUGUGAAGGAGAUAUUUGGUCGUUCGCCAAGUAAGGCUGUGAAUCCGGACGAAGCUGUUGCUUUAGGAGCGGCCAUUCAAGGUGGAGUUCUUGCUGGUGAUGUGAAAGAUGUUCUUCUGUUGGAUGUUACACCUUUAUCCCUUGGCAUUGAGACGCUUGGUGGUGUCUUUACCAAGCUCAUAGAGAGAAACACGACUAUCCCUACGAAAAAGAGCCAGGUGUUCUCCACCGCAGCUGAUGGUCAGACGCAAGUUGAAAUUAAGGUUUGUCAAGGUGAACGUGAAAUGGCUGCAGAUAAUAAAACUUUGGGACAGUUUUCUUUGAUUGGCAUCCCACCUGUACCACGUGGUAUACCACAAAUUGACGUCACGUUCGACAUUGAUGCUAAUGGCAUUGUCAACGUGUUCGCUCGUGAUAAGGGAACUGGAAAAGAACAACAGAUUGUCAUCCAAUCUUCUGGUGGUUUGAACAAAGAUGAGAUUGAAAAUAUGAUUAAACAAGCUGAAAUGUAUGCAGAAAGUGACAGAGAAAGAAAGGAAAAAACUGAAGCAGUCAACCAUGCUGAAAGCAUUUUACAUGACACAGAAUCGAAAAUUGAAGAGUUCAAAGAUAAGUUGCCACAAGACGAGGUUGCCAGUUUGAAGGAGGAAAUUACCAAAGUACACGCGGUGUUAGCAAACACCGAGAAUUCUUCUGCGGAAGAAAUUAAAGAGCGAUGUAAUGAAUUACAACAGAAGUCACUCAAAUUAUUUGAGAUGGCUUAUAAAAAGAUGGCUUCGGAAGAAGAGGAUGGCUCGCAAAUAAAUUAACAGCCUGAACAUGAAAAAAAACAAGGCGAAAACUAAAACGGUCUCCAUUUUAUUAGUAACAUACACUCAAUAAACGGAAUUUGGUAUUGAUCACCAACCUUUUCAUUUCAAGUUGCAUGGUAAUAUCAUCAUUCUCAUCUUCAAUGUAGUAUUCUAGUAUAUUUUCAAUAGGUUCUGUGCUUCUUGUACUUGUUGUGAGUGUGAUUGAGAGUAGGUACUUUCUGCUUUUGUAACUGUAGUAUGAUUAAUUUGAGGUCUCUGUAUGUCUGGUUUUAUCACUGUAGUAAUCAGGAUUAUGAUCAUUAGAAUUAUCAGACAUCUAACAACACAAACGAAUGAAAAUACACUCUCGAACCUUUGUCUGGGAUGGCGAGUCCCCUGCUUUUGUAGAAAACUAUUUGGCGUCUUUCUUCAGCUGAGAAGGAUGAAAUAAAAUAUUGAUCUAUUAAAGUGGUAUGCAUGUAAAUUGAAAAUCAAUGUCACCAAUUUGAGGUAAAAACAUUAACCUUCUGCAAAAUCAGGUACCAGUUUAUUAACUAUGUCCUGAUGAACACAAUUGGUUCUGGAAGUUGAAAAGCAUAGGAUCAAAUUUUGCCCACCUCUGGUACUUAAAUGAAAAUUAAAUGGUUCUCCUUACUUAAGAUUAUACCAAGGAUUUGUUUUAUGCACAAGCUCAUGGCAUAGUGGACAUUUGUAGUUGCAACGAACUCUCUCAAAAUGCUUCACAAUACAACUUCUACAAACUUAAAACAUAGCCAAGUGUGAAAAUUGUGCCAUUAUCACCCUCUAACCAAUGAUGGCAACAUAAGUGUUGGACUAGCAGUUUGUGAAACACUUGAUGAAAUACUAACAGACAUUCAGUUAUUGAUGUAGACAUUCAGUUAUUGUUGUAGCAUCAACUAAAUAUCCUUGGCAAACUGGACACGUGAUGUGUGAAUUUAGUAAUUUCAUUUGGAUUGACCUUGGUUUCUAAACACAACAUAAAGACAACUUGUAAUGUCGUGAAAUCCUCUGUUAUUAAAUAAAUGGUUAUAGUUCACCAGUGCUAA